GUGAAGAAGAGUCUGUUUACUGUAGCGUUAAAAGUGUCACCAUGAGUUUCAUCUGUGCCAUUUAAGACAUGAUUUCACAUUUAAACCUUCAUUCUGAGAUACAGACAUGAACGACACGAAGGAGCGCGCAGAGCAGGGCACACUGUCCGACAACGAGUCAACAGCGGCGAGACUUAAGAGUGCUGAAAGCAGUGAGAAGCCACAGAUAGGAGAUGAGAGAAUCAAAGUGGUAGAGAAGAGAGGACCGUAUAUCAUGUCAAAAGCACCUGCGUUCCACAUGAAACUCCAGAAACACAGAGACUCGGCCAGAAGAGCUCUGCACAACAGGGGCUUCAGCUUGGGAAGGCCUGGGCUUCAACAACCCCGACGCAAACCAAAGAAUGUGAAGUUUAAUAAGGGAUACGCUGCUCUGAGUCAGACAGCAGAAGAUUCACUCAUCUCAUUGGAUUCAGACAGUGAUAGAGAGCUGGAUUGUUCAUCUGGAUAUUCCUCAGCUGAGGUGCAUCCAGACCUGAGCAGACAGCUGUUAAAGGACGGUUAUCACCUGGAUGAAAUACCUGAUGAUGAAGACCUGGACCUGAUCCCCCCUAAAGCCUUGACCUCCUCCGUGUGCUGCUGUUCAGAUGUGUCGUCCUGCUGCGUGCAGUGAUCGAACCCGCAACACCAGCGCUGAACCCAGACAUCUACAACUUGAUAUUCGGUUUGGCCAUCAUGUUAAACUUCUGUGGCGCCACUCCCAUUUGUGAAAUGAAGCAGAAACGUAUCAUUCGAGUACUUAUGAUGUUUUUAAAAACCACAAAGUGUUUUGGAUGUUGUUGUUGUUUAAGGCCAGUGUCUAGUUACUAAUCAAAAAUUUUACCUUGAAUCAAAGCUGCUCUUAAAGGAAUAAUUCACCCAAAAAUAGAAUUUGUCAUCAUUUACUCACCCUCGUGUUGAUCCAAACCGGUGUAGCUUUCUUUGUAACACAAUAGGAGAUAUUUAGCAGAAUGCCAAAGAAGCACUUUUCAUCCGACAAGUUAGAAUCAGUGGACGUCAAACCUGGUGUGGUGCAAUUACCAGUAAUUCAUAUUUGAUUUAAAGAAGAUUUUCAGUGAAUAAUGAUGAAUUGGGGCACGCUCUUUGUUUAAAGCUAUUGUAUUUAACUUCAGAAGACUUGGAAUAUAGCUCACAAGUCAUAUGCACUACUUUUAAGAUUUAAGUACUGCCAAGCUCUACUUUUUGGAGCUUGGCAGUAAAAAUCACUGUCCAAUUUGAUUGCAGUCACCACUGUUUUUCCAUACAUUCUUAAAUGUCUCAUUUUGUGUUCCAUAGAUGAAAGUCAUACAGGUUUGGAACAAAACGAGGGUGAGUAAAUGAUGAACGAAUUUUCACCUUUGAGUGAACUAAAACUUCAUUGCAGCGAUUGUUACCUAUCACACCCCCACCUGCACGAUGGCACUGAACUCUGAAGUAUGAAACGAAGGCCCUUAUUUAAUUGAAAUAUGUGACUUUCACUGAUUUCCUCAGUCAAAGACUAGUGAUGUUUGUUUUAGAGGUCUUUAUAUGUGUUUGAGUUUAAAAACAAAAAACAAAAUCGCUUUUUUGUUGGGGUCAGAAAGCUCAGGAUGUGGACUAGUGUAACUUGAAAACAAAAUGCCUAUAAUUCCAUCCCAUAUUUAGCACCGUGUUGGAGGAAGUGGAGUGUUACUGAUGUUGAGAAACCUGACACUAAUUUACAUACAGUUGAGACUAACUGAAUUUAUAGGUGUGUGUGUGUGGGUGUGUGUGUGGGUGUGGGUGUGUGUGUGUGUGUGUGUGUAUGUUUGAGUGUUUCUUCUAUAGAGCUCAUGUAUUAUUUACUACUCUGCUAUGGAGUUUCAGGACUGGGUGACAUCCAGUCUCUGUGUUAUAAAGUGUGUUUAUUAACUCUUUUUAUCGUUCAUCUGUGAGCUUUUCCUUUUCAAAUUGAUGCUUUAAAAAUGUAUGAUUUGACAAAAAAACACUUCUAUUGUACAAGUAUUGCACUAUUCUCUUUAUGUUUUGUUACUAAAAACACCUGGUUCUCCUUCGGUUUUAGGGGCAGUUAAAUUUUAAGUUUAUUUUCAUUUUUUUAUUAUGCGAGUAUUACUUUAGUUAACCUGCUGUGAGGGAUGUGUUAUUUUGUAUCCAAUUUCAGUUGAAAUACUGGAAUUUUUGUAUCCGCCUCUGAAAAAACAGCAAAAAAAAAAAAAAUACAUGUUUGCUUGAGUAUUACAAGUGUUGUGUAACAUUAGUGUCUGCAAUUCACGUGUACUGUAUGCAUGUUUGGCAUCAGACUUGACAAUCUGCAACACUAUGCAACGAAACACUUUAAUUCCUCUUUGUAGCCACAAUGAAUCAGUUACUGACUUAACACGCAAUAACUUAAAAUACGUUUAUUUUGUUGUAAGAAAAAUAUUAUUUGUAUUUAACUGUGUGAAAUUAAAGGAAACA